AGGACGGAGAGCACGGAGGACAAAUCCCCCCGGCAGACCCUGGUGGGAGAGGCCGUUUUGAACGGCUCCACGGCGCAGGAAGGCAGCGGGGAGGAAAAGCCCCAGAGAUCCCUCAGGAGAAGGGGCUCCAAAAGCAGCCCAGGGUGCUCUGAGGAGGAAAGAGGCAGCCUGUGCCGGGAAGGCGGCCGGAGCUUGAGCCGGAGCUCCGAGCUGGUGGUGCAGGAGCGUGUCAGUGCCAUGGAGAAGCCCUACAAGUGCCUCAGCUGUGGGAAGAGCUACUGCAACAGGUCCAACCUCCUUGUUCACCAGCGUGUCCACACUGGGGAACGGCCCUACGAGUGUGAGGAAUGUGGGAAGACCUUCAUCUAUGGCUCCAACCUCUUCACCCACCGCCGGGUGCACACUGGGGAACGGCCCUACAAGUGUGAGGAAUGUGGGAAGACCUUCAUCCAUUGCUCCCACCUCCUCACCCACCGCUGGGUGCACAGGGGGGAACGGCCCUACAAGUGCUUGGAAUGUGGGAAGGACUUCAGUGUCAGCUCCUGCCUGAUCCGCCACCAGCAGAUCCACACUGGGGAACGGUGGCCCCGGCCCUACAAAUGUGGGGAAUGCAAGAAAAGCUUCACAUACAAUUCUCAACUCGUCACCCACCAGCGCGUGCACACAGGGGAGAAGCCCUACAAGUGCUCGGAAUGUGGGAAGAGCUUCCGCGCCAGCUCCCACCUGACCCAGCACCAGAAGACCCACACUGGAGAAUGGCCCUACCAAUGUCCCGAGUGUGGGAAGAGGUCUCGGAGCAGCUCGGAUCUCCUCAAGCACCAGCAGACGCACACGGAUGAGAGGCCCUUCCGCUGCACCGACUGCGGGAAGGGCUUCAACCAGAACUCCACCCUCGUGAAGCACCGGCGCAUCCACACUGGGGAGAGGCUCUACAAGUGUGAGGAGUGUGGGAAGAGCUUCACCUGGAGCUCUAGCUUGACCAAACACCAACGGACCCACCUGUAAGGGAAGCCCUGCGAGCGCCUUGACUGUGGGGAGAGCUUCAUCUGCUGCUCCAACUCCAUCAGCUGUCAGAGGAUC